AUGGUGAACAUUACGGAGAAGAUCAAGGAGAUUGAGGAUGAGAUGCGCCGGACACAGAAGAACAAGGCGACAGAAUAUCAUCUGGGUCUAUUGAAAGGAAAGCUCGCUCGUCUGCGAGCACAGCUCCUGGAGCCAGUAGGCGGCGCUGGCUCUGGUGGUGGCGCCGGUUUCGACGUCAGCAAGAGUGGUGAUGCACGUGUAGCGCUCGUCGGCUUUCCAUCCGUCGGAAAGUCUACCUUUUUGUCAAAGAUCACCAAGACCAAAAGUGAAGCUGCGGCUUACUCUUUCACCACCUUGACGGCUAUUCCCGGUGUUCUGGAGUACGGAGGUGCCGAGAUCCAGAUUUUGGAUUUGCCCGGUAUCAUCGAGGGUGCUUCAGAGGGCAAGGGACGUGGUCGACAAGUCAUUUCAGCUGCUAAGACCAGUGACCUCAUUUUGAUGGUCCUGGAUGCCACAAAACGCGCUGAACAAAGAGCGCAGCUCGAGGCCGAAUUGGAUGCUGUGGGAAUUCGCUUGAAUAAGGAGCCUCCGAACAUCUAUCUGAAAGUUAAGAAGGCCGGCGGCAUGAAGAUUACCUUCCAAACACCACCUAAAAUCCUAGAUGAGAAAAUCAUCUACAACGUGCUGCGCGAUUAUAAGAUCCUCAACUGCGAAGUGUUGGUACGAGACGAGUACGCCACCAUUGACGACUUCAUCGAUGUCAUCAUGAAAGACCACCGGAAGUACAUCCGCUGCUUGUAUGUCUACAACAAGAUCGACAGUGUCAGCCUCGAAUUCCUUGAUCAACUGGCACGUGAGCCGUACACAGCAGUGAUGAGUUGCGAGCUCGAUCUUGGCGUACAGGCGGUUGUGGACCGCAUCUGGAAGGAGUUGCGUCUUAUGCGACUCUACACGAAACGAAAGGGAGAAGACCCCGAUUUCAGCGAGGCUCUUAUCGUCCGCCGAGAGUCAACAAUUGAGGAUGUCUGUGAUCAAAUUCACCGGACGCUCAAGGAAACGUUCAAGUAUGCGUUGGUUUGGGGCGCAAGCGCGAGGCAUGUGCCCCAGCGCGUGGGUUUGGGACAUGUUGUUGCAGACGAGGAUGUGGUAUCUAUUGUGGCCAAAUAA